AUGUAUCAACCAUUGAGCGACAACAACCCAUUUAGACGAGUUCAGCCAGAGUCAUCCCGGCUGCUGUUUCAACUACCACAACAUAGCUCGGGGAGCAACCACUCAACUUCUUCUGCUCAUUUUGACGAAUGGGUCUCCAAAAAUAGACAGCUUUUGGAUGAUAGUGGUGAGGAAGAAGUUUACGAAUCACAAGUUAGUCCCAACAAGAUCAUCAGCUACUACCAGAACAAUAAUGCUUCACUCGAUAGUAAUAUUGGUGGAUAUGGCAAAUCUGCUAGGAGAUAUAGUAGAAUCAACAGUGGGGAUAGCGCCAGUGGUCAAGAUUCUCACUACAUUGGUAAUUUUAAUGAACCCACCCAUGGUAAUGGUUAUGCGCUUUCAGUAAAGCCACAAACAUCGGGAUCCAGGUACAGGCAUUCAAAUACUCCGCCAGCACGCCCACCAAAACCUCAGGAAGAAUUUGCUCCACCAUCGUAUGAAGAAGCCGCCGGUCGCGAAGCUGCUAAGAAGGGUUAUAGAAGAGAAAAAGAGCCUGGCUCCUCUUCCACAAGACAUCGUUCGCAUUCGGAUUCGCACCACCACCACAGAAGCGGCGAUCGCAAAACACCAACAACUUCAUCAUCAUCCUCGCGUCCACACAAGUCAUCCAGCAGCAGUUCCAGAAGGAAGAAAUCAAAGGCAGAGGCAGCACCUGCGAAAAACUUGGACAGUAUUGAUAAACUCGAUGUAAGUGGACUUUUCGGUAGAGGAUUCCACCAUGACGGACCAUUUGAUGCUUGUACACCACACAGAAACAAAAACGUCAAGAAGGCUCCCGUAAUGGCCUUCCCCGCUGAUGGCCCGAACAACUCAAUUGCAGGUGCUGCCAAUGUGGACAAGAAUCAACAAAUGAACCUUGCCUUUGGUAUUGACAAUGCAAAUGGCAACAACUUUGAUGGGGAAGGGCGUUCUCUCAAAGUUAAGGAUGCUGCGCCGGUGAUUAAAACCAAUAGAGUAUCUGAUGAUCCGCAAACAACCAUGUACACGCCAAAACAAAACCCAUCUGUUAUCGCCUUUGACUCCACCCAAAAGGCAGAGCCUAUUCACGGAUCCACAACAGCAGGUCUUGGCUCCACUACGUUCCUCGAUGGUGCACCAGCACCGAAAGCCACUAAUGAUUUCUUGUCCCCUUCAAAUGGUGGCGGUUUAGGUAGGAAAAAGUCUUUGGUACAACGAUUCAAAAGCAAUGGAUCCUCAAAUUCUUCAAGAAGAAACUCUAGUGAUGAUAGGCAUAGUGGGGAUAACGUCAGAAGAGGCUCUUUGAAUGCUUUAGAUACCAACACUCGCCACAGCCUUGACGAGGACGAUGACGACUUGAAGCCACCGGGUGGCAAUUCGCUCAUUAGAAGAGUCAAGAGUUUGAAAGUGAGGAGAUGA